UAACGGGAUUUUACAAUGAAAUUAACCCCUUUGUUACCCUUUUUAUUUCCUGUAGUAUUUCUUGAGACUUAAAGUGGCAUUCUAAAGGCAAUUUAAAAAUCAUGUCCAGCUCAGCUGAACAGAAAAAAGGGCCCACAAGACAGCGCAAAUGUGGCUUUUGUAAGUCAAAUAGAGACAAGGAAUGUGGACAGUUGCUAAUAUCGGAAAACCAGAAGGUGGCAGCACAUCAUAAGUGCAUGCUCUUUUCAUCUGCUUUGGUAUCUUCACACUCUGAUAACGAAAGUCUUGGUGGAUUUUCUAUUGAAGAUGUCCAAAAGGAAAUUAAAAGAGGCACAAAGCUGAUGUGUUCUUUGUGCCAUUGUCCUGGAGCAACAAUUGGUUGUGAUGUGAAAACCUGUCACAGGACAUACCACUACCACUGUGCAUUGCAUGAUAAAGCUCAGAUUCGAGAGAAACCUUCCCAAGGAAUUUACAUGGUUUAUUGCCGAAAACACAAGAAAACUGCACAUAAUUCUGAAGCUGAUUUGGAAGAAAGCUUCAAUGAACAUGAACUGGAGCCCUCAUCACCUAAGACUAAAAAGAAAAGUCGUAAAGGAAGGCCCCGAAAAACCAAUUUCAAAGGACAGGUGGAAGACAGUCGCUCUACGUCUUCCCACGGAACAGAUGAAAUGGAAAGUAGUUCAUACAGAGAUCGGUCUCCGCACAGAAGCAGCCCUAAUGACACCAGACCAAAAUGUGGAUUUUGUCAUGUAGGGGAGGAAGAAAACGAAGCAAGAGGAAAACUGCAUAUAUUUAAUGCCAAGAAGGCAGCUGCGCAUUAUAAGUGCAUGUUAUUUUCUUCUGGAACAGUCCAGCUCACAACAACAUCAAGAGCAGAAUUUGGAGAUUUUGAUAUUAAAACUGUGCUUCAGGAGAUUAAGCGGGGAAAAAGAAUGAAAUGUACACUUUGCAGUCAGCCCGGUGCUACUAUUGGAUGUGAAAUAAAAGCCUGUGUCAAGACUUACCAUUACCACUGUGGCGUUCAAGACAAAGCUAAGUACAUUGAAAAUAUGUCACGAGGGAUUUACAAGCUGUAUUGUAAGAAUCAUAGUGGCAAUGAUGAGAGAGAUGAAGAAGACGAGGAACGAGAGAGUAAAAGCCGGGGGAAAGCAGAAAUCGAUCAGCAGCAACUAACUCAGCAGCAACUUAAUGGAAACUAGUUGUUCUCACUGAGCACCAUGGGACUGCACAACUGGUGACUGAUGAGAAGCUAAGAGCGCCAGUCCUCGCGCCAUAACUCAUAACGAUACACCUCUUUUCCUGUCAUACAAAGAGCUUCGUGCAAAAAAAAAGAUCCAGUCCUUCCAAGCUAAACUCCCGCGCGGCCACCGCGGUGAAGCCUUUCGAGGCUGGAAAGGGUUCCUACUCGCUAAGAACUUCAACCGUCCACAUCUGAAACCUGCUCCUCCCAAGUGCCGCACGGCACGGAACAUUUCAUCCAUUGGCCCGGAGUGCACCAGGGGGGUCUCUUGUGAUGUAGACGUUCCAACCAGUCUUUGCAUAAAACAGUAUUUCCUUUUGAUUUUGUGACCACUAUUUUAGAACCGUUCCUACUUGUGAUUUUUUUUUUUCCUUCAUGGCUUGGCUUCUCUAUUCAACAGGCUUUCAUGCCGUCCUUCCCUCCCGUCAGUAGGGCGCGCUGCUGCACUACCGCUCCAACAGAAUUGCGUCUCAAAGCCUCAGAAUUCAGCUUUUUCAGAAAGGAUCUCUGAACGCUGGUGUUUCCAGCCAGCGGUCUUCCACUUCACCUGCUGAAGCACAUUUUUCUGUUUCUUUCCUGGCAAAACCAAAAACAAAGCUUGAGUUGGUGGUCCGCCUAAUACUACCAUAGCACCUCAAUAUCAAGGAUAGGGGAUCGCGGUUUCUGAGUUACUCGUUAACCUAUUGCAUUGCAGCAAAUUAGCAAACGAGGAAAAUCGUGGUAACUUGACUGUACAUCCAGAGAAUUCUGUGGCUGAUGGAAAAGCAUUUUUUAAAAAAAAAAAACGUAACAGGUGGAAAAUUACACUGUGCUUAAUGACUGAUUUUUUUUUUAAACUGCUAGUCCCUUAAAGUCACAUUUGUCCAGUGUGCAUUCACACAUUUACUUAAGGGAUGUGAUUAUUGCUUUCUUUUAACCAUCUUGGACUGUUUUUAGAAGGAAACUAGUGUUCGUAGUUGGUUGCCCUGUGUGUUUCUUCCUUUUGCUCUAUGUCUGCCAUUGGUGUGUAUUUGUGUGUGUUUGUGUGUGUGAUGGAUUUUUCAAAAUUCACCAUGACUUGAAGUGCAUCGACAGAUCUAGAUGUUUGUUUACCAAGCUCUGUGACUUUUCCCAAAGGAUCUGUAUUUUACUUCCUUCCAACACCUUGAAACCAGUUAUUUUAACUCUUUGAAUCACUGUGUCUUCAUCAUUUUUACAUUGUGUGCCAUAAGACUUACCCAUGGAACAAGAGAGCACCUUCCUUUUUUGACAACUACUGUAAUGACAUUUUCCGGGAAAAUAGAAGGUGCAGGGGUAGUAAUGGCCAGUCAGUAAGCAUGUCGAGGAAUUCAAGUACUCGCUGUUUCAGAACUUCACAUGUAAUCAACUGUAUACUUUUUUCUUAUAUGGGUUUCUGCAACCUUUUCUCUGCCACUAGCCACCAGAAUAGCACUUUACCUUUUGGUUGGCUAGGUAAGUGGCUGGCUACCUAUUUUUCUCACUGUGGUGUGAUUGACUGAACAGUUGUUCAUUUACAAAAGGAUGUAUAAAUCAAAAUCCCAUGCAAAAAUCACCUUUAGUUGUACACUUACAAGAUUUUGAUUGUCUUUCCAUGUUUUCAUCAUAAUGCUGAGUAAAAGUGCCUUACAAUGUAAAAAUUGUACAGUACUUCUGUUCCCAAGUAGCAUUGUCAUCUUCCAGGUAGUAAUUACAUUGUGGUAUGAAUAUUUAGAAAAAUGGACCUCAGCAGUGUAUUUACUGUUCAUCUCUUCAGUCCUUAACUGUAGUUGUAAUAAGCAUGACAUUAUUUGAUAAGUAUAUAACAUUUACAUCAUUUCAAAAAAAAAUACUCCCAUCACUGUCUUUUACACAUAUUUUAGCUUGAAAUUUUGAUGUCUUUUUUUUUCUUCCCUUCUUUUUCCUCCCCCCUCUUUUUCCUCUCCAUUUUUGUUUUGGUUUGUUUUGUUAUUGAUAUUAAACAGUGUAAUCUUUGCAAGCGUAUAUUGAAGAUUAUUCUGGAGCAUUUAUUGCCUUACCAGAAAUGUUAGUAAGAAAUGUUCUUUAGAGUAGAAAGAUAGACUUGAGUUUCUAUGCUUUAAUAAGAGCUCUUUGUUCCUGGGGUUAGGGGUAGGGGGUGGGAGGGACAUUUUACUUUCAUCUCAAUCUAUUCAAAACCCACAACUGAAAUAAUUUUGUUUCCAAUAUCAGCAAUUUUAGAAUUUCAUUUAGUACUUGCUCAGGAGUACAUGCUACUCAAGAUAUUAAAGAGAAUAACAAGCUAUGUAGAUCUACUGUUGAAUCAGAAUCUAUGUACUUGAACCAAUGUGUGAAUCUUAAGUAUCUCAAAGCAAACGAAAAGUGUUUUAGAAUGUUGUUGCUUUCUUACAAAGCACUAAAGUUAGACCAACGUAUACCAUUUUGUUCUAACAGACAUUUAGGUUAAUUGUAAAGCUAAGGAAUGCAUUAUGGGUCAAAAAAUUCAAACAUUCCUCUCUUGUUAUGUAUAUUUUGUUCCUGUUGGCUUUGUUUUCAAAAUUGUAGUUUGUAGUAUUAGUUUCUUUUAUUGGUAUUCCUGCAUAUAC